AUGAAUCUGCGUCUGCUCAUUUCCAAAAACCCGGAUCAAUCCAAUCUUGUAUUGAGACCCUUCCUCGAUUUCAAAACGGAUGUUGUAAACCGGUUGAUCACUGGAGAGCUCGGUUUCGUAUUGAACAUUGGUGUCGAUAUACCCUUUUCGUCCAUAGAGAUCUUUAAUGGCUUCGGCGGUGUUUCGCAGGACUUCUGGGGAGUAUUUCUCCUCGGGGUGGACCAAAAAAGCCUUUUCGAUUUCUACAUCGGUGAAGAGGGUGUUCCCUUUAAAGGUGAUUGUCCCGUAGUGAAAGAGGGGGCCAUGGUCUGCGGUGAGGGUGAUAAUGAUACGCCCCUCUUUCUCUGCAUUGGUGAUUUGGAGAUCGACUUUAGCAUCGGCAUACCCUUCAUUUUGAAGCAUCGUGACAAUGGCCAGCCGAUCUUGUUCGAUCGCCUCUUCCUGGAGAAUUCCCGACCCCGUCAGCCAACUGGUAAAGAGGCUGUACGACUUCGUGUAGAUCUUCUCUAA